CUUUGACAACGUGUGCGGUUUUCAAAUAUUAGUCUGCGAAAUGGUUGCGGGUUUGAAGGCAUGUAUGUUGGCGUGAUUGAAGAAAAUGGCUUGGCAAUUCUUAGGUGAAGCAGCGAAGCUGCAACUUGGGGCACUACAAAAAGUUAGGAUCAUAAUGGGCAAUGAAUCGUGUGAUCUGGAUUCAGCUGCGUCUGCCCUUGCAUAUGGCUACCUCCAAAACUGUAUGGCAAACAGAAAUCCUAAUAUUGGCACGGUAAUACCAAUCCUAAAUAUUCCUCGGGAAGACUUUAUCCUGAAGACCGAAGUUUGUUAUUAUCUUAAAAAGUGUGGUGUUCCACUCGAGAACCUGUUUUUCAGAGACACAAUUAACUUCGAUUUACUAAUGUCGUCUAGUGAAUUGGAGAUUGUGCUGGUUGACCACCAUGCCCUCUCUGAUAAGGACACUUCUCUUAAGCCGUAUGUGAUUGAGGUUAUUGAUCACAGACCUCUUGAUCCGGAUUGGCAGUGGGAGAAUGUAAAAAAGACCAUGGAGACUGUCGGUUCAUGUGCAACGCUGGUAGCUGAAUUAGUGAAUACUCAAAAUGAAUUUCCAGUGCCAGAAGAAGUUCUGAUGUUACUAUAUGGCACAAUCAUCUUAGACACGGCUUGCUUGUCGGAUAAUCCGAAGAAGUUUACUGCCAAAGAUGUGUCAGUUAUGGAAGAGCUGGAGAAACGACUCGUGAAUAAGCCAGGCCGUGGUACUCUUUACAGCGAGCUACUGUCAGUUCGAUGUGAUAUAACUGAAUUGUCAAUUUCACAGUUAUUGAGGAAAGACUUGAAAGUAGUGUCCAAUAUCCCAGUUUCCUCACUCCCCUUGCUGAUUCAGGACUUCUUGGGCAUGUCAGAUGCAGAAGAAGAAGUAGAGAGAUUUGCUGAGAGUCACCAGUAUAAAGCUGUUGUGAUUUUAGGAGUAUCCAAAUUAGGCAAUGAAUUAAAGAGAGAGAUUGCAAUUUUUUCACAAGAAAGAAGUUUGCUUAAAGUGCUGACAGAUAGCCUGACAAAAUCCAAGACUCCCAAUCUUCAGCUUCAACCCAUAAAAAAAAUUUCUGACAGUGGAAAGGUAGUACUUUUUCGGCAGCUGAAUAAAGAUGCUUCAAGGAAACAGAUAGUGCCUUUGGUGAAACAGGCAGUCAUAAAUUAUGAAAGAACACACAGUCCAAGUUGUAGUUCUACCAGAAGCUGAGAGGUAUAUACAGUCUGCAGAUAUGAGAUAGGGGUGUCAUGUUUUGUGCUAAAACUCUGUUUAAACAAUCGGGACUUGAGGAAAAAGAAAUUGGAUGGCUGCAGUGAAGUAUUUCUCUGUUGUUCAAUGGUGCAUGGAUUGUUCUCCAUUCCAGUGUGUCUGUUUAAAAAAAAGUGAAGUACUUGGAUUUCAGUGGUGGAGAACAAAGUGAAAUGUAAUAAGUGUUCCUGUAAUGCAGCUUCUUUGCAUUAUUUUAAACUGAAACUAUCCGUGUUUAUUCUCCCUCCCUCCCUCCCUCUCCCCCCUCCCUCCAUCACUCCCUCCCCCACUCCCU